AUGUUAAGUGUGCUUUCAGAUUAUUUAGCUAAGGUUGCUGUUUGGAAAAUAACUACUAAUGAUGAAGAACCAGUUGUACCAAAUGUUUGUUCUUCCAAUACCGUGCCGAAGACUAAUGAAAAAGAAGAGAAUCUGGCACGACAUCCUUGGAUAAUCACGAAUGAACAAGAGGAGAAGCCGUCACCACAUUCAAGGAUGCAGAAGAAUGAACGAGAGGAUCAACAGCCACCACAUUCUAGGGUGCAGAAGAAUGAACAAGAGGAACAGCUGCCACCACUUUCUAGGAUGCAGAUGAAUGUGGUUCCUUACUCAUCAUCAUCAUCAUCAUCUCUAGGAUAUCGAUUUACAUCUAGUGGCCAAUAUCAGCAUGAUUAUCCAUAUUGA